AUGGAUUCAUUGCCAUCUCUCUCUCUCCUCUCUUUCACCUUGUAUGUUUUAUCUUUCUUCCCUUUCACUCACUCUGUAUUUGUUUUCACUUUGCCUUCUCUCUCACUUCACUGUGUAUAUUUGUUUUUGCCUUCUUUCUCUGGCACUCUCUGUGUAUGUGUUUUCUCCCUCUCUUUUCUCCUUCCUUGUGUUUAUGUGUCUGUAUAUUUUUUUUUGUUUAAUCUCAUUCACUUUCUCUUUCUUUCUAUCUAUCUCUUUCUCUCUCUCUCUCUUUCUUUCUCUCUCUCUCUCAUACACACAUUUGUGAACCCGGAACAGAUUGGCUAUGUCGGAUUUGCCAAUCUUCCAAAUCAGGUACACAGAAAAUCUGUGAAGAAAGGAUUUGAAUUUACUCUUCUUGUCGUAGGGGAAUCUGGCUUGGGUAAAUCCACAUUGGUGAACAGUUUAUUCCUUGCUGACCUCUACCCGGAACGACACAUUCCAUCUGCCUCAGAAAAGAUAAGCCAGACAGUGAAGAUAGAUGCUUCCACAGUUGAAAUUGAAGAACGUGGAGUGAAAUUGAGACUCACAGUCGUCGACACUCCUGGUUUUGGUGAUUCCUUAAAUUCUGAAGAUUGUUUUUUUUUUUUUUUAUAUUUUCUUCUUUCUCCUCUUUUUCCUUUCUUUUGUCUGUCUUUUUCCUUUCUUUUGUCUGUCUUUUUCCUUUCUUUUGUCUGUCUUUUUCCUUUCUUUUGUCUGUCUUUUUCCUUUCUUUUGUCUGUCUUUUUCCUUUCUUUUGUCUGUCUUUUUCCUUUCUUUUGUCUGUCUUUUUCCUUUCUUUUGUCUGUCUUUUUCCUUUCUUUUGUCUGUCUUUUUUCCUUUCUUUUUUUUGUCUGUCUUUUUCCUUUCUUUUUGUCUGUCUUUUUUCCUUUCUUUUGUCUGUCUUUUUUUUUUUUGUCUGUCUUUUUUUCCUUUCUUUUGUCUGUCUUUUUCCUUUUUUUUGUCUGUCUUUUUCCUUUUUUUUUUGUCUGUUUUUUUUUCCUUUUUUUUUUGUCUUUUCUUUCUUUUUUGUCUUUUUCCUUUCUUUUGUCUGUCUUUUCCUUUCUUUUGUCUGUCUUUUCCUUUCUUUUUGUCUGUCUUUUUCCUUUCUUUUGUCUGUCUUUUUUUCCUUUCUUUUUGUCUGUCUUUUUUCCUUUCUUUUUGUCUGUCUUUUUCCUUUCUUUUUGUCUGUCUUUUUCCUUUUCUUUUGUCUGUCUUUUUUUCUUUCUUUUGUCUGUCUUUUUCCUUUUUUGUCUGUCUUUUUUUCCUUUCUUUUGUCUGUCUUUUUCCUUUCUUUUGUCUGUCUUUUUCCUUUCUUUUGUCUGUCUUUUCCUUUCUUUUUUUUGUCUGUCUUUUUUUUCCUUUUUUUGUCUGUCUUUUCCUUUCUUUUUUGUCUGUCUUUUUCCUUUCUUUUGUCUGUCUUUUUUCCUUUCUUUUGUCUGUCUUUUUCCUUUUUUUUGUCUGUCUUUUCCUUUCUUUUUUGUCUUCUUUUUCCUUUCUUUUGUCUGUCUUUUUCCUUUCUUUUGUCUGUCUUUUUCCUUUCUUUUGUCUGUCUUUUUCCUUUCUUUUGUCUGUCUUUUUCCUUUCUUUUGUCUGUCUUUUUUGUUGUUUUUUUUUCUGUUCUUUUCAUCUUUCUUUUUCUCCUUUUUGCUUUUCUUUGACCACUUCAAACCAAUAAUUCAAUACAUCGAUGAACAGUUUGAGCGUUACCUCCAUGACGAGAGUGGUCUGAACAGGAGACAUAUUAUUGACAACAGGGUGCACUGCUGUUUUUAUUUCAUCAAUCCAUCUAGUCAUGGCUUGAAGCCUUUAGAUAUUUCUUUCAUGAUAUUAAACUUACCCUGGUUACAAAAAUGUGUUAUAAUGGACCAAAUUGAUGAAUUUGGCAUCAAUAUCUAUCCUCUCCCUGAUUGUGACUCAGACGAAGAUGAUGAGUACAAGGAACAAUGCCGACAGUUAAAGGAGGCUGUGCCUUUUGCCGUAGUUGGUUCUAGUGAAUCAUUUGAGGUCAAUGGUAGGAAAGUACGAGGUCGCCGUUAUCCCUGGGGAGUGGUGGAAGUAGAGAAUCCAGACCAUUGUGAUUUCAUUAAGCUACGGACGAUGUUAAUUACUCACAUGCAAGAUUUACAAGAAGUCACACAAGAAAUCCACUACGAAAACUUCCGUGCCGAGAAAUUGGCUGGCGGCAAAGUUGUUAAACAACGUUCCAGCAGAAGUGGAAUUCCCCAGCCAGACAUCAAUGACAGAGAACAGGCUUUGGCAGAAAAGGAAGCUGAGUUGCGCAAGAUGAAAGAGAUCACAGCUGACAACACCAGGAACUGGAACGGUGCUGAAUAA